AAUAUAUACACAUUUGGAUUUGAAUGAAGACAAGAUUGACUUUAAUUGGAAGAUCUCCCUCUGUUCAAAUAGACUGCUAAAUCUCACAACCUUGACUCUCACUUGAAGAAUGUCAGCUUUGCAGAAUACUCAAGAGCACUCGUGUUUUGUGAUGCAGAGAGACCGACCCCACAGCAGCUGAGAUCAUCAUGCAUGCCCCACCUUUGCAGCCUCGACUGAGACAUGUUGACCCUCAGGUUAAACUAAUACUGGUCACCUCUCUAUUAUGAGAGAACAGCCUAUGGUCCUUUGGGACUAUUUCACCUCAACAUAAUUCAAUGGUUUGAAGAGAACAGAACAGAAUUGGAGGAAGUGGGAAAUCAAGCCAAGAAUUUCCCUUUGUCUUAGAACAGGCUGUGACCUGAACCAUGGGAGUCGUAGUACAAGAUGAGAAGCCAGCAGGAAUGAAGGCCCCUGAUGGAGGCUGGGGUUGGGCCAUUCUCAUUGGAUGUUUUGUCAUCACUGGAUUCUCAUAUGCUUUUCCAAAAGCCGUUAGUGUUUUCUUCAAGGAGUUGAUUAAAGAGUUCCACGUUGGGUACAGUGAUACGGCUUGGAUCUCUUCCAUUCUUCUUGCUAUGUUAUAUGGAACAGGGCCUUUGUGCAGUAUUUUGGUGAAUCGCUUUGGCUGUCGUCCUGUCAUGAUGGUAGGAGGCCUGUUUGCAUCAGGAGGUAUGAUCCUUGCCUCAUUGUGCACCAACAUCAUCCAGCUCUAUUUGACUGCUGGAGUUAUCACUGGUCUUGGUCUGGCCUUGAACUUUCAACCAUCUCUCAUCAUGGUAAACCGCUACUUUGACAAGCGUCGCCCGUUGGCAAAUGGCUUAUCUGCAGCUGGGAGUCCCGUGUUCCUGUGUUGCCUCUCUCCAUUAGGUCAGAUCCUAUCUAAAGUUUAUGGAUGGCGAGGAGGUUUCCUCAUUCUUGGGGGUUUGCUGCUGAACUGCUGUGCAUGUGCAGCCCUGAUGAGGCCCUUAAAACCAAGUCGUAAAGAAAAGGAAAUGAUAGAGCAAGCAAAGAAAACAGAGGUGCACAAGAAGAAAAAGCAACUUCUGGAUUUCACAGUCUUUAGGGAUCGAGGAUUCCUGAUAUACACAAUAGCAGCUUCCAUCAUGGUCUUUGGUCUCUUUGUUCCUCCUGUGUUCAUAGUUAACUAUGCAAAAGAUACAGGAGUACCAGAUACAGAUGCUGCUUUCUUGCUGAGUAUCUUGGGUUUUGUUGAUAUAUUUGCUCGACCUCUUAGUGGUAUUGUUGCAGGGUUGAAGGUCGUCCGGCCUCGCUGUGUGUACCUUUUCAGCUUUGCUAUGAUUUUCAAUGGAAUUACUGAUCUAGGAGGCUCCUUCGCUCGUGAUUAUGUUGGUCUGACGGUGUUUUGCAUUUUCUUUGGAAUGUCCUAUGGAAUGGUCGGAGCACUGCAGUUUGAGGUCCUGAUGGCGAUCGUUGGAACUGACAGGUUCGCCAGUGCCAUUGGACUUGUGUUGCUGAUUGAAGCCAUGGCUGUCUUAGUUGGUCCUCCAGGAGCAGGAAAAUUGUUUGAUGCCACCAAGAAUUUCAAGUAUGUUUUCUACUUGGCUGGGUGUGAAGUAGUCCUGUCUGCCAUUGUACUGGCUCUUGGAAACUUCUUUUGUUUACGUAAACGUAAACCUGAGUCCCCUGUAAAAGAGCAAAAGGAAAAUGUGGAAGAAGGAGAAAGACCAAAGGAACCGGAAGCAGUGGAUUCCAUAGAGGUGGAGCAAUUCUUAAAAGAUGAGACUGGAAAAAAUGGUGAAAUUUUACCCACACCAGAAACGAGUGUAUGAGGUUUUCAGUGAAGGAAGAAGCAGAAUGUUUACAAAAGGUCAAGAGAAACAAGUUUUGUGUAUUUAUUUAGAAAUGUGAGGAAUCUCCAUGUAUAAUGGUAAGAGUAGUCUAUUGUGCAGAAUGUUAAUUGUGAUUUGUUUCUGUUUAAAUUGCUGCCUUGCAUUUGUCAUACAUGUGUGUCUUUCACAAAGGUUUUUUUUUAAUGUAAAGGUAUCAGUUGAAAUUGUAGGGAUGCUUUAAGGACGUUCUGAAAAAUCAAAUCUAUCAAAUUAGAAUUCCAUAAAAUAGGAAGGAGGUAGGAUGCACAGAGUAGUUUCAGCUAACCACACAAUUAGUGACAGCAGUACAUCUGCAGUAUAGCUUACGGUAUUGGUCACCAGAUGGUCGUUUCCACAAUUUGUAGGAGUGGCAGAUACUCGCAAAUAGUGAUGCAGCAAGUAUUAAAUAUUUUUAAGGAGAAUUUCAGCACCUACAUCAGUUGUUGCUCCAUAUUUAUUAAGUUUUAAAUGCAAACUUCCAUUGUCUACAUUUAAUAACAAUUAAGAAGGUAGCCAAGUUGCUAGUAUGUAGUGAACUUAAAAGGUUAUGAGUUAAAAUUUGGACUUUUUUUUUCAAAUCUGAUAGUUGUUGGUAUUGACCUGAUGCAAAUUGAUCCAAAUAUGAUUCAAAUAAUUUAGUACACAAAGCUAACAACCCAUAUAAAGUAGAAAAGAUCAUUCUGUUUCUUACCAAAUUAUGUAAGCGUGACUAAAUAACUGUUUUAAAUGGAUGCUUCAUGGGGAUUGUAAAAUAGUAGCCUUUUGUCCUUAAAAGAUUACACCUGAUAGUAAACUAUUAGAUGAGGUGCUCAACAGACAGAGAGCUCAAAUCAAUGUUUCAAUAUGGACUCUCCUGAUGCUUGAAUACACUGCAGUAUUUUGUUAGUAAGGCAAUUCUAACUUAAUUGAUUACAUUAUUAAAUAAAUUGGAAGAGCCAUGGUUUUUACUAAUAUUCAUCAACAGACAUCAAUUUUGUGGUAUCACUAUGUUCUCAGAAAGAAGACUGCUUUAUCUGAGUUCACUUCAGUAGUGUUCUUGAUUUCUACAUAACUCUUAAUUAAACCUUUUCACUUUAUUUACUAAGAUUAUUGGUUAUGUUGCAACAGUUCAACAUAGCCAGAUUAUCAGUGUCCAAACCCGAGUUCAUAUCAACUUUAAAUAUGGAAUCAAGGAGACCAAACCUCAUGAAAAAACAUUUCCAAUUGAUUGAUGAUGAAUCUUAAUGAGGACACAGCCAGGUUCAUUAGCCACCCAAUAAGGGAACUCUUUAAAGCUUGCUUAUGUAUCAUAAAUGUAUUGGCCAUAUAACAGACAGAAUUGUGUAUUGCCAAGGAAGAAACAAAUAGAUUGAAAAUACAAUCCUGGUGAGAUUAAACAUGGUUUGAGGCUUACAGGUAGGCACUUGCUCGUCAAACUCCUGAUUAACCAAAAGUUGGAAAAUAAACAAAGUCUGAACCGAGGGUGAGGAUCUGCAAUGGGCUAGAUAUGCCUAAUAUUGUACAGGUACACAAUCCUUUAUCCAAAAUCAUCGGGACCAGCUGUUUUUCAGAAUUUUUCAGAUUUAAGAACAAAUGUAGUGCCACCUAUAGGGUCCAGGGCAGCACCCUGUAAUCAAACAUCAAUACUGCAGCAAAAACGUAUGAAUACUCACACUAAGUGGGAUAAAUAAAAACUAGAAAUACUACUACUACAGUUUCUUUAUACGUAAUAUACUGGUAAAUGAAAUACUUAAGACCAUAAAUAUUCGAGGACAUUUUAUUUCCAGAAAACCAUUCGGUAAAACUUCAACACACACAGCUUCAGCACUAAGGCAGACGGCGUUAUCUGUUUCAUUAACAUAGGUUAACAAUCUCUCUUUAAUUGAGUAAAUUGCCAUAAUCUCUUGCUCACUGAUAAACGAAUGUUGUUCAAGGCCAGCAAUUAACUGAUCACACAUUUUCACCAUAUUGUCAAUGGGGACUUUUUCAACUGUGUUCACUAACUCAUCACCAUCAUCACUACUAACUCAUGCUUAUCUGUAUUAAAUACAGAUUUCAGUAAUUUUCCCAUCACUCAAGGAAUGAACGACAGGUGUAUCGUUGUCAAUGUUCAACAUUUCUUCGAUGUCAGCUUCCUGUAAUUUAUUUACACUUGCAUCCGAUAAACUUUGUGCAUAAGUUACUGGGUUUGCGAUCAUCUUUUUCUCAUCAGUGACACAAAAUCCUUCAAAGUCUUCAUCAGUAGGUUCACUUACAUCAAACGUCACUGUCGGCCACAGUCUUUGUCAAGUAUUUGUUAAUGUUGAUUUGUUAACAUCCUUCCAAACACUAGCAACCGCGUAAAUGGCAUCCUUAACACUAAACUCUUUCAGGAAGUCUUGGAUUCCGACCCCUCUCUGUUGACUGCAGCAAACAUACAGUUUAAAAAAAUAGUCUUUAUACUUGCUCUUCAUGGAGCGUAAAAUUCCUUGGUCACAAGGCUGUAGUACAGAUGUCACAUUAGGGGGCAAGUAAACACCGAAAACAUUACUUUUCACAAGAAGUUCGACAGGGGGAUGUGCGGAGUAGUUGUCUGGGAACAAUAACAUUUUACAGUUUUUUUCCAGUCCAGCCCGUCUGCAAUGAGGUCGUGCCACUGGUACAAAGUAGUUACUGAACCAGUCAAAAAAUAUUUCUCGGGUUACCCAUGCUUUCUUGUUUGCAUAAUGAUACACAAGCAAAUUGUGUACCCUUUCAGACAUCUCAGAUGUUUGCUUUUUCCAAUCACAACCGACUUCACCGAGUGUGAGCCUGCAGCAUUGGCAUACCCAAGAAUAGUUAACCUGUCCUUAGUAUCCUUAAAACCUUUUAGUGCUCUCUCAUCAGCCAUUGUUAAUGUUUUUCUCGGGACAUAGCGCCAGUAGAGAGCUGUUUCAUCAGCAUCGUAAAUUUGUUCAGGAUUAAGGCUUCUGUCAGAUAUUAUCUUGGCAAAUUUGUCAAUAUAAUUUUCAGGUGCUUCAUUGUCAGCAGAAGCCUUUUCACCAGAUUUUCAGAUAUUUUACAUCAUUAUGGUUCUUAAAUUUCUGCAGCCAACCUUCUGAAUAUUGACACUCGCCUUCAAUGUUCAGUCCUUUAUGAUACUUUCGAGCUUGUUUCAUGACCAGCAAACCAGUCAGUGGCAUCUGUUCACUUCUCUGUCGUCGAAUCCACUCCAUCAACAUGGUUAAAAUCUUCAUUUUUUUUGCCCUAUGCAGUGUUUUCCUAUUUUUCAUUAAUGUUUCCAUAAAACUUCAGUAACUUGCCUUUCUGUUUCUUUAAAUGGUAGUUCCAACACCAUAUUCUUCAAUAAGACGCUACACAGACACACCACGAUCAAGCUUCUGCAAUAUCUCCACUUUUCUGUGUUAUUGAUAACGUUAGAUGCUUCCUUUUUUUUUAUUAUUGUUACGCAUAGGUGGAUCAGCAACUCUUUUUGGCAUUUUCACAGUGACAUUAAACACAGUGAAAAAAAAUACACAAUUGACACCUGCCAGUGCUGGGCCGCACAGCCACGUGGGUCAAGUGGGAUUGGACUUCGCACGCCAAACCAGCCUUAUUAUGCAGACAUGACUGAUGCUCUACACGCCAUGAAAAAACUUCGGAUUUCAGAGCUUUUCGGAUUUUGGAAUUUCGGAUAAAGGAUUGUGUACCUGUACUAGAAUGUGCUAGCAAAAAGAUAGUUUCAGAGAUAAUGUAUAACAAAUUUCAAGACUUUAAAUAAUUGUCUCCCCACCAGCACAUCUUCAUUGCAAGAACUGCUGCAUGAAUUUUGACUUCAGUGGGAUGUAAGACUGAUGGGAAUGCAUUUCUGGCCAUUAUUCACCCUGUCUCAUUUUAAUUGCUUUUAGCUUCAAUGCAUAAUCACUGAUGUGCCACCUACCAUUUUUGUAUUCAUACUGAAGUUGAAUUUCACCUCCAUUCCAACCAGAUUCUUCUAAACGACUGCACUGUCAGUAAUUGUAUUGCAGGCUUGACUAAAUGACUGAUGAGAUACAUUUAAAUGGAAGUUAAUGAAAUGGCUAACAAAAUACUCGCAAUUUUAUCUAUGCUUGUCGCAACAGAGCAACUGUGGACACCAUUACUGGGUUAUUCAAGUGCGUCUUUAUCAGCAUGGAAGAAAAUUUAAGAUUUUAUAGAUGCAAAUAAUUACAAUAACAAAGGUAGAUUUGAUUUUGGAAGAUUCUUCAUUGCUAUCUCUAAUGAACCAAUGCAUGAGGGUUUAGAUUUGCAACUUACCUAGGGAAAUUAUUCAGUUUGGUUUCAGGUUCUAUAAUGGGCACUUGACCUGCAAUACAGAAUGCUGCCUGGGUAUUAAGUUGAAAAUCUAGCCCUUUGUGUCUCUUACACACUUUGAGGACUACCUGAACAUUUCUGCACUGUGUUCUUUUAAUAUGAAGUGUCUGUGUAGAAUAUUUGAUAUGUCUUAAGCUAUUAUUUUUAAUACCUGUUUGUUUUUGUUAUCAUCUGGUCAUUCGUAACCAUCUCUUUUCCUGCACAAACCUAGUGAAAACAUUUCAUUAACUUAAAGCUUCAGUUUUACCCCCAGCAUUUUCUUUUCUCUGAAUUUUGCUUUUUUUUAAAUUAAAAAAUCUGUGGCGCUUUUUGCUAAUGAAGUUCUAUAGGAUCCUAUUCCACAGAUUGGAAAAUGUAUCCAUUUCAAGUUAGAUAUGUUAGUAUUUCCACUUCAGUGUGAUCGCAAAACUGGUAUUACCAGAUUGUCUGUCCUGUGCAUGGCACACCCUGUGGUUUCCAUUAAGUUUAAUACAGGGCUGGUAAGCAAUUCAUGAUACACAGUUAGUGUAUCGUCCAAGCUCAGAGUUCAGAGUCUUGUCACAUUCUGGCAUUUUUAAGAAUUGUGCAAAUCAUAGGGUAGGGUCUCUGCCUCCUGAGCCAGAGGAUCUGGGUUCAAGUCUCAUUGAAGGACUGGUGGCCAUGGAAGGAGAGUUUGUGACAUGGCCAAACAAAGGGAUGCAUGUGGACUAUAGGUAAUUAUGCAUUGCCUGCACAAAUCACAUUUGACAAAUUUUACAUAAACUGGUUCAAAAGGUCCUCUAUUUAUUGAUUUUGGAGAACCACAGGAAGAUCAAUUGUUGGUGAAGUAUAUCCUGUAGUAUAUUUGGUUUAUUUUGGUUAGUUAUGCUAGAUAAGUGAGUCGUUUUCAGUUGUUGAUUAUUUCCUUAACAUUGCAGUUCUUACAUCAGAGGAUUCCACAAUCUCUGGUCUGUUUUUUAAAACAAAAGCUUUCUACAAUGUUUGAAGGGUUGAACCAGAUGAAGGGGACAUCGUCUAUUUUUUGCAAAUCAUUGCCCUUAUAAGGAAAAUAGAAAGGAGGUUUACCAUGGCAGCUUGGGUCUGCACUUUAAGAUAUUGUGCAGGCCAUCUUAUCAGACAGAAUUACUUCUUUUGCAUGUUGUGAGACUGUGACUAGUAGGGUGAGAGAUUAGCAAUGAUCUAAGAUAGGUUGGCUGUUGUCAGUCAUCCAGCAAGCUAGGGGCCACAAUUAUUCCAUCUCUCCAUGGAAGGGAGAAAAAAGCCAGAAAAACUACUGCCAGUCGUUCUUUUGUGACCACUGCAGGGAAGCUCUGUGGAUGAUAUCAUAGAAAUCUACAGCCCUUCACCCCAAUGAGGCUGCACCAAUCAAAUUUAACCACCUGACUAUUUUAAUCCCAUUUUCUAGUACUUGGCCCAGUAAUCCUGUAUGCCUUGGCAUCACAGUGUACAUCUAAAUACUUCCUAAAUGUUCUGAAGGAUUUUGCCUGUACCACCCUUACUGGCAGUGAGUUCUACAUUCCCACCAUCCUCUGCGUGAGAAAUAAAUUUCCUCACAUUCUGUCUAACCCUCCCUGUCCCUUACCUUAAAUCUGUGCUCUGUGGUUUUGAUCCCUCCACCUCGGGAAAAAUGUUUCUUCUGUCUAUGCUCCUCCUAAUAUUUCCAACAGCCACCCCCCCCCCCCCCCCCCCCCCCACCACUGCUAUCAUCACCACCACCACCGCCAACAUUCUUCUGUGCUCCAAAGAAAACAACCUCAAUCUAUCCAAUCUCUCAGAGAUCAGGGCAGAAUUAGACUCUGCACAUUGGCCUUUUCAAUCCCAGAGCCUUUUGACUAUGAGCUGUUACAUGGAAAUUGAAUCUAUUGUACUGUACCCCAGGGAAAUAAAGCACCUUCAGGAUAGGAAGGAGAAGAUGUGAGAGGACUGGGGUUAGUGCAAUGCUCCAGUAUCAGUGGAGUGAUUUCUUGUUUGCUCCCAUGGAAGGUGAAGAGAAAUAUUUCCCAUUGUCGUCGUCCAUAACACAAGUGUCAAGAGCAUUGUGUUCAAUUAAGAUGAGUUAUGUCUUUUUUUUUGUUUCCUGUUUAAAGUAAGAUGGAAUCCUCUUUUUAACAUGUUACAUAAACUGUGACAAUGGAAAAUACAUAAAUGGUGUCCUCAAAGGGUUGAAGCAAUUCUGCAGAAAAUCUCAAUGAGAAAAAAGUAGUUAAUAAUCCAUUCGAAUGCUGGGGGUUUCAUUACAUUCAAAGUAUUUUUAUAAUGCAAGAUUUCACCAUGUGCGAGUAAUUGUUGUUAACACAGACACUGGCCUUCUUUAUAUCCUCAAGGAGGUAACUAACCAAACAUUUCAAAUCUGGUGUCUGUCUGUAAACUCAAUGAAUCUGUCGUUUGUGUAUUAAUGUUCAAUCUAACUGUGUCAUGUGGCAGCAAGUUUUUGCCACGUUCCAGCUAACAAAUUUAAAGGAGGUUCCAGUUACUACAGAAUUUUAUCAUGUAAAUGUAUUUCUGAUAACUUUAUGGUUAAACCUAAAGACUGACUGAGCUGCUUUGAGCCCGUGGUCUGUAUCUUAAUUAGACCAGAUGUGUUUGCAAUAGAGGUUGUGGUUUCAAUAUGGGAUUUCCAAGCCUGGGUCUUUGUAUCUUUUAAGUAAAAUGAUGCAAAUUGGGAUGGGCAGGUAUGGUUUGGCUUCUAUGCACAAAAAACUUUGUAAAUUGCAGAGUAUGUCUAUAUGCAGUUACUCAGUAGCAAAUAUCCCACGUAAUGAUUUUACCUUAACGAUUCUUAUCAUGAGCACUGUGCUUAUUCUAAAUACGUACACCAUCUUUUUUCAGGCUCAGGAUAUUUUCAAACUAAUGAAAUAUCAGAACUGGGACUACUCCUUAUAAUCAAAAAGACCUGGGACUUGUGAAUUUACUGUGUUUCAUGUGUGUGUGCACGCAUGUCUGUAUGUAUGCGUGUGUGUGUGUAUAACUAAGAAAUAACGUCACUUUGUUCAGGAAUUAUGAAUGCUUGCUUGACCGCAAAUAAGUAUUUAGAAGCUGUACUAAAAAACAUUGGUACUGUUCUACUCAAAACCCACAUAGAUCACAGUUUGAUUUACACUGCAGCUUUAUUCUAUGUUAAUGGUUUGAUCUAAUUGGGUUUUCACUGUUUAAUCUGAUUGUAUGGAUUUACUGUUAUCUUUGCUGAAGUAUUGCUAUUUUUUGAAGUUUGAAGUGCUCCAAGUUCUAUAUUUUGUAGUUAUAUAUACAUGGUAGAUUUGGAUAAAAAAAAAAGAAACUUUG